GGCUGGCCUAAUUUAUGAAUGAUAGGGUCAGUUGCGGACCCUUCGGCCUUCCGCUCUUCUGUGUGCCUCUCCUCGGAAGUGUUCAAGGGAAAAUCCCUUUCGAGCUCUAUUUCCUUCGCUACAAUUCCUUGCCCUAAUUGACCUUAUUCGACGCGACGAUCUAUCUUGUUCAUACGCCUUUGGGAACAUAAAGCUUCUGCUGCGUUUGGAAAGUUACAAGCAUGUUUGGUUCAACAAACCCUUUUGGGCAAUCAUCUUCGAGUCCAUUUGGCUCCCAGUCAGUUUUUGGGCAAACCAAUGCAUCAAGUAGCAACCCUUUUGCCCCAAAGCCAUUUGGUAGCACAACACCAUUUGGCUCACAAACAAGUAGUUCCUUGUUUGGAGGUACUUCAACUGGUGUAUUUGGUGCAUCUCCAUCUUCAUCUCCCUUCUCUUCAACGAACACCUUUGGUGCUUCGUCUUCACCAGCCUUUGGCAGUUCAGUGCCUGCUUUUGGGUCAUCUUCAACUUCAGCUUUUGGGAAUUCAUCAUCAUCAUUUGCUGGGUCAUCUGUCUUUGGCCAAAAACCUGCUUUUGGAAGCUUUGGGUCUACCACUCAAACGAGUCCUUUCGGAAGUGCUGGACAACCUUCACAACCAGCAUUUGGGAGCAGCAUAUUUGGUUCUUCAACACCUUUCGGUGCAUCAUCCCAGCCAACAUUUGGCCCUACAAGCACCCCCGCAUUUGGCUCUGCAAGCACCCCUGCAUUUGGCUCUACGAGUACCCCCACAUUUGGCUCUACAAGUACCCCUGCAUUUGGUUCAACCUCAAGUCCAACUUUUGGCAGCACAGGGAGUGCAUUUGGUGUUAGCUCCUCUGGAUUUGGAGCUGGUGGGGGAUUUGGAGCACCAAGUACCCCAUUUGGUUCUUCAACUACAUCAUUUGGAACUUCAAGCACUCCUGCAUUUGGGGCGUCUAGUACUCCUGGUUUUGGUGCUUCUAGUACUCCUUCCUUUAGUUUUGGACCCACUCAAACUUUUGGUCAGUCUACUCCAGCAUUUGGUAGCAGUCCAUUUGGAAGCACUUCUUCACCUUUUGGAGGACAGAGUUCUCCAUUUGGAUCUCAGAGUACUUCUUCAGCUUUUGGAAGUACUGGUAUUGCGCAGUCUGGUUUUGGGGGUCAACGGAGUGGGAGUAGAGUCGUUAAUUAUGCACCAACAGCUGAAGCAGAUGGCGGUACCUCUGGACAAACUGCUAAAUUGGAAUCCAUAUCAGCCAUGCCUGUUUACAAAGAUAAAAGCCAUGAAGAGCUAAGAUGGGAGGACUACCAAACUGGAGAUAAAGGUGGGGCUGUCAGUUCUGCUCAAUCCACUGGCUUGGCCGGCUUUAAUUCAAGCACCCCCCAGGCAAACACGUUUGCUCCUUCUCCAGCUUUUGGUCAAUCGGCUGCUAAUCCUUUCUCUACCUCAACCCCUUCUAAUCCAUUUGCAGCAAAGAGUUCACCAUUUAGUACUGGCUUUGGGGCUACAUCUACUCCUGCCUUCAGUUCAUCAGCCUUUGGUACGUCGACGUCAGCAGCAGCACCUUCUAUAUUUGGAUCAUCAACAUCCACAUUUGGAAAUAACUCUCCAUCACCUCUGUUUAGUUCUUCUGCUCUGGGCACAUCCUCGCCAUUUGGUUCAAGCAUAAAUUUUGGCAACACCCAGUCAUCAAAUCUAUUCAGUUCUGCUGCACCUACAAUUGCACAAACGGGUUCUGGUUUUGGACAGAGUACCUCCCUGUUUGGACAGAACACAUCUGCUUUUAGUCAAUCGAGUUUGUUCAAUUCAUCAUCUUCUGGGCUUGGCGGAAACAUUUUCCCAAGCAGUGCUCCAAUCACUUCCAGCAAUCUGCCGGGUUUUGGUCAAACACCACCUUCAAUAUCAACACCUUUCCAAACUGGACAAGCAGCUCAAACCAGUGGUACUUUUGCAUUCAGUAAUUUUGGUCAGACGCAACCUGCCGGUGGAACCCCAAGCUUAUUUGGUCAGAGUAACUUUGGACCCUCGUCUUCUGCCCAGAGCCCUGCAGUUGUACAAGCAGCACCCAUUUCAAAUCCAUUUGGAACACUUCCUGCUUUGCCUCAUAUGUCGAUUGGUCGAGCUGGAACUACUCCAUCUAUUCAAUAUGGAAUUUCAAGCAUGCCUGUCACAGACAAACCUCCUCCUGUUAAAGUAGCAUCCUUACUAACAUCUCGGCACCUCUCACAAAGACGGAUCAAGUUUCCUGUCAGGAAAUAUCAUCCUAAAAAUGAUGGACCAAAGGUUCCAUUCUUUGGUGAUGAUGAGGAUACUCCGACAACACCAAAGGCUGAUGCUCUCUACAUUCCCAGGGAAAAUCCAAGGGCGCUGAUCAUACAUCACGCAGAACAGUGGGCUACUAAAGCUUAUCCUGAGAAAACUUCGUUUAGGGAUAGAUCCACUGCAGUGAAUGAGAAUGGUAUUAACACUAAAGAAGCAGGUACUGCACCUACUACUGAUGGGAACAACACACAGGAAAAAGCAACUGAAAAUGGUUUUGUUGAAGAGCAAGUUGAGCCUUCUAGAUCAGAGCAGACAUCCAACGGGACUAAAGAAGAUCACUCUCUUCCGAAAGGGAAUACAUAUAUGACACUCAGCGGUCACAGAGCCGGUGAGGCAGCUAUUGUGUAUGAACACGGAGCUGACAUUGAGGCUCUGAUGCCAAAGCUUCGUCAGUCAGAUUACUACACGCUGCCUCGAAUCCAGGAAUUAGCGGCCAAGGAAAGAGCUGAGCCUGGGUUCUGCAGUCGUGUCAAGGACUUUGUGGUUGGAAGGCAUGGAUAUGGCUGUAUCAAGUUCUUUGGGGAGACAGAUGUGCGACGGCUUGAUCUUGAUUCUCUUGUGGAAUUCAACUAUCGUGAAGUGGUUGUCUACAGGGACGAGACUAAGAAACCUCCUGUUGGUCAAGGGCUCAAUAAGCCAGCUGAGGUAACACUACUCAACAUAAAAUGCUUGGACAAAAAAACCGGACGUGAAUAUACUGGAGGGCCAAAGGUCGAAAAGUACAAGGAAAUGCUGAAGAAGAAGGCCGAGGACCAGGGCGCAGAGUUUCUAUCAUAUGAUGCUACCAAAGGAGAGUGGAAGAUCAGGGUUAACCACUUCAGUAGCUACAAGCUGACAGACGAAGGGGACAGUUGGGACGAAUGCUGACAAAUGGGAGGCACUGUAGAUCUAUGAUACGUGUAGUCUACGAUGGGGCAGCAUUACCUUGCAUGUUGCCAACGCUGAAUUUUGCUUUUUAUUUACUUGUACAUUUUGCUGGUUCAUACUGUUUCAGUUUGGGCGAACAUGUCUCUGUUUUUGCGUCAUGCUACCUGCUAUGGAAGGAUGGAUCUGUACUCCCCCCCCCCCCAAAAAAAAAAAACAAUAAAUUCUAGGUUUUGGAUUGAAUUCUGACUUGUGUACAUUGUCGUAAUAGAAUCUUUGAACUCUUUUUUUGUGACCA